GCCUCGUCCUGGUACACGGACACCUUGUGUGUCAACCGCGAGGACCGACUUCCACACCGUCAUGGAAGUGCAGAUUCGGGACGAAUCCUGACAUCUUCUCUUGCUACGCUCCGCCUUGAUAUUGCAGGUUUGAUCCGCGCUGCUCAGCCAAAGUACACAUGAUGGCCGGCAAUCCGUUCUUCCUCUUCCCAUUUCCUGGAAUCACCCAGUCCAACACUGCUGCGUCUACCACAUCGACGACGCAACAGCGGACGACGACUUCGAUCAUACCGGGUGCGAAUGCUGGCGGUGGUGUUGGAACCGCUUUCAUUCCACUGACCACCGUGACUACUUCCGCAACGAACAAUCGCAACACCAUCAGGAGCAGUACGACCAGCAUUGCCCGCGCAACAAAUACAGCUUCAACGACGACUACAUCGGCCGCUGCUGGGUUCUUCGGUGCUGGCGCAAAUCAGACUUCACCUACGACCUCGUCGGUGGCCGGCUUCUUUGGCGCAAAUGCGAACAGCAGCAGCAGUAGUAGUUUACGUUCAAUGACGUCGACUUCCUCGCCAGCCGAGGCCAGUGCUGGACUGAAUAACGGAUCGAAUGCGACAACGGAUUCUCCCAGCCAUGGUCUCUCGCGUGGUCAACUCGCCGCAGCCAUCGCCGUUCCCAUCAUCGUCGUGUUACUUCUCGCGCUUGGACUGUUCCUCUUCUUCUGCGUGUUUCGCAAACGGAAACAGCGCUCCGAUGUAAGCGGCGAUGGUGAGGCGAAUUGUGUCGGUCCUGUUGGACGAGGUCGAGGACUCAAGGACAGACUAUUCGGAUCCGGUGAAAAGCGGGUUGCUUCUUCGACGACGUCAACGCAGGAAAAGAGUGUCGCGGCCCCUGGGUAUUCGGAGCCUCCUCCACCGUAUGGAAACACGACUACAGUGGAGGGAAACUCAAAUGCUAGAGCCGGAGCUGGGAUUGGGGCUGCUGGCACCUUGGCUGCUGCCAUAGGAACGGCUGGAAUCGCUGCAGUCGCCGCCCGUCGAUCGGACGACACCAUCACAUCAAACUCGCACCCAGUCGCGAACCAAGCCCUGCCGUCGACGGCGCCAGCCAACGCACUACCAGCAACCUCAAGACCCAGUACAGCAGAACCCACCAACCCAUCCCUCAGCAAAGACCUCGACCUCCCACCCAACCCACUCUCCGCCGCAGGGACCUUCCUGUCCCCGCCCUCCUCCCGCCCCGACACCGCGCAAAGCGACUCCGCCAAAUCCUUCGACUCCUCCCUCUACUCCGAGACCGCCAGCGUCCACAGCGCCAAGGCGCAACGCGUGAGCUCCGUCUUCGCCACUGUCAGUGUCCACGGGACCAGCGAGGACGGCGGUUCUCGCCGCGGCAGCGACGAAGCUCCGCCCCCGGCUUUGCCCUCUGACGCGGCGGCGGCUAUCUCGGCGGCGGCGGCGACGAACAAGGCGCGCGGCGACUACGCUUUCCUCGAGCAGGACCCUGCGUCGGAUGUGGAUUUCUCCGCAGAGGAUGGCGACGCGACGCCUCGCGCGAGGAGUCGCGAUCAGGCUUAUUUCGCCGCGAUGAUGAAGAAGAACGAUUUCGGUGGCAAAACUCAUACCGAUGAUGAGAAUGCCUUGUCCUCCUACUCUUCCUCCGAUGACGGAAGUGACAAUGGCAAUGAUGAAAACGAUGAUGAAAGUGAAAGUGAGCAAGAAGAAGAAAAAACCCUCCAACCCUCCCACCUCACCAACGACCCUGCCCUCGCCGCCGCCCUCGCCGCAGUCCACAAUUCCCACCGCCCUCGUGAUCAACAAUCCGCCCCUCCCUCCCGCAGCCCUUCCACGGACCGUCUCCGCCUCGCCAAAGUCCCCACCGGCAUGAGCGGAAUCUCGGCCAGUAGCGCAGGCGAUGCGAGCGGAGACGGAUUCGUCACGCCGAGGAGCCAGAGGAGUUUCGCCACCGGCUUGGAGGGCGGACGGCAGAGCGCGAUGAGUUUCAGCCACAGCGUCAACAGCUCGAGGGACAGCUUCGGGGAGGCGUUGGAGGAGAUUCGAUCCUAGGGUGAGGUCUUGACCGUCACGAUCGAUCGAUGAAUUGGGAAUUCUUCCUUGCUCUCUGAUACCAUAGUGUUUGACAUGAGUAUGAUGAACGAUGUUUAU